CUCGAUUAGCCACCCUGUUGUUUGUAUAGCUAGCGGAAGUAGAGCAGCGAUGUUAUCUUAUAAUCACUUAAAUUCAACUUUAACAGUGAUUCCUGUUAAAAUAAUGACACCAGAAUGUUCUAGACAGCUUUACCUGUAAAAAGACUGACCAACAUCCGGGGAUUUUACCGAUUCCGAGCUAUCCGCGUCUGUACCGGCUCUUGUUUGUUUACAUUAAUGUCGAUUUUAUUUUGAUAAUGGAGUCCAGCUGUGAAUAUUUCAUCACUUUUCCCGCCAGUCCUGUCUCGGAUUUACCGGAUCUAUCAGAGUUGUCAUCUGUACAGAAGAGGAGGCAGGUUUACCUGGGAGAGACUGUCCAGGUGACACUAGUGCUGAGGUUCAAGGACACAGUUGUGAAGGAUGAUGGCUCUGGUGCCCCCUCCUGGAGAGACUUGGCGGGCUCUCUGUCUGCUCUGGCGAGCAUUUGUGCUGCUGAGACCCAACAGCAGAGAGGCGAUGAGCUUGAGCCGGAGAUCCAGGCGUCAAGCUGCAGCGAGGAUGAAGAGGAGGAGGUGGAGGAGGAGAGGGAGGACAGAGGUCAGGCAUUCAUCAACUGCAGACCGCUGCUGACACAGAGUAAUGCAGGAAGAGACAGGCGACAGGGUGGGAAGGAACCAGUGAAGGCCGCUCUGGUUUUGGAUGAUCAGGCUGUCUUCUGUCUCACUGUUUGUCUGGACAAACUUCCUGUCAACACUGUCAAAGCAAAGGUGGUGGUGACGGUGUGGAAGCAGGAUGAAGACGAGGUGGAAGUGAGGGAGCACGGAUACCUGACUCUCCUGCAGCUCCGCAGUCCAACACAGACCUUCAGACGAGACCAGAGCUCUUUCAAGGCCCAGGUCAGCACCUUCCUGAAUGUUCUUCCUCCUCCCAGUGUUCAGUGUCAGCAGAUCAGCGUUUCAGGGAAACACCUCACAGUCCUCAAAGUGUUGAACUGCAGUUCCCAGGAUGCAGUUUGUCUCAGAGACAUGAAGAUUCUUCCAAACUACAACUCAUCCUACCUCCCCAUGAUGCCUGAUGGUUCAGUCCUCAUAGUUGACAACGUCUGCCACCAAUCAGCUGAGGUCUCCAUGGCUUCGUUCUGUCGAAUGGACAGCGAAUCAUCACGUUUGCCCAGCAUGCUCAGCGCCCUGGAGGAGCAGAACUUCCUGUUCCAGCUUCAGCUACAAAACACAGAAGAAGAAGAUUCCAGUGAGGGUCUGGAAGUCCCGUUGGUGGCUGUGUUACAGUGGUACCCCCCAGCUCUGCCCUACACCAGAUUUAUCUCCAGUUGUUACUCACUGCCAAGUAUCCGUCUGGAUCGCCCUCGUCUGGUGAUGACAGCUUCCUGUCCCAGAGCGGUCAGACCUUUAGAGCUGUUCUGGGUUAAAUACACCCUGCUCAACGACCUACAGGACUUCCUGUCUGUCCGUCUGGUCUGGAACUCAACGGCUCAUAAAGGGGAUCAGAAGGACUCAGGGUCGAUCUCUGUGGUCUGUCAGUCUCCUUUAAAUCACCUGGGACGAUGUAGAAAAGGCUCUGCCCUUUCCUUCAGUGUGGCCUUCCAGAUCCUUCACGCUGGACUUUACGAGCUGAGUCAGAACAUGAAGCUGAAGCUCCAGUUUACCUCGUCUCCUCCCAUAGAGCCCCCAUCACCACUCAAACAGCCUCCAUCUUCAUCGCCGUCAUCGAGCCGAGCCAUCUCUGAGCUACAGGAUGGACACAGCCUGGGCCGCUCUCAGAGUUUCUCUCAUCAGCCUCCGACCAGGACUCACCACGUCCGGUCAGGCAGUGUGAUGGACCACCGGGCCGUCAUGCCUCCUGUGGGGUCUCCAUCAACUCGAACUGUCCUCAUCCACCCUGGGCACGCCGCCCUCCGCGUGGAUAAGAUCGCAAAGAGAGAGUGUAAGGUGUUAGUGCUGCAGCCAAUCAGAGAGACGCACAGCAGAGUCUCAUCCAUCGCCUGAAGGAGAAAAAAAAACUGCUGACUAGAUGGCAAACUGAUGAGACAGGGAGCUGAUUGAGAGAUGAGGAAAGAAGCAGAGAGGAGAUGGAGAUAACAGGAAGUUAAAGCAGGAGUGAUCCUGCAGGAUGGAGAUGAUAAGAAAAACAAAGAUGGACGAGAACAAAUCUGCUUUUCAAGGUUGUAUCAUUUCACUGGUUUAAAUUUUCACUGGUUUUAUCAUUCCUUUUAUAUCUAAUGUUGGUAAGCGUUCCACUGCUGUCUCAUUCUACUAGUUUUUGUUUUGUUUUAUUGAACUGGAAUAUUGUUUGACACGUUCAUUGUCUCACCAAAUUACAAAUCUGGCCUAAAAUCUUAGCUGGAUUUUCACUCCACUGGUCUACUCAGUUCACUGGUUAGCUAUCACUAACCUCCUCUAGGUGCUGUAUUCACCUCAUCAACAUUUCACAUUUAAAUAUCUCUUGGCUGUCCAUAACACUGGAUUAUAAUUCCGAUAUCCCUUAUUCUACUGAUUAGCCACUUUGCUGGAUCAUCAUUCCAUUUACUUAACUUUUUUAGUCUUAUAAUAAUCAUUAUUAGAGAAGACUGUGGAUAAAGUCUGAAAUCAGGCAGAGAGAGAGAGUAAUGACAUGUAGGAAAGGAGCCACAGGUUGGGUUUGAGCCUGAGCGGCCAUCUUUAAAGGACAGCAGCUUCUGAAUUAGGGACGUACAGAAUAAACCACUAGUCUGCUGAACUUCAGUUAUUUGAUAGAGAGGAGGAUUAGGGACAAGGAAAAGUAAUUUUCUUCAGACAAGUGUUUCAAGGUCUGGGGGUAAAAAAAGUCAGGAUUCUGAAAUUAAAGUGAGAAUUUCAUGAUUAAAGCCAGAAUCCUAAAAUAAGAGUUGAUAUUCUCAGAUUAAAUUCAGAAUUCUGAGAUUAAGGUUAAUAUUCUAAAAUUAAAGACAGAAUUCUGAGAUUAAAGUCAAAAUUCUGGGAUUAGAGUUGGAAUUCUGAGAUUUAAGUCAGAAAUGUGUCAUUAAAGUCAGAAUUUUGAGAUCAAAGCCAGAAUCCUGAGAUAACAUUCAGACAUCUUGGAUUAAUUUUAGAAUCCUGAGACUGAAAUCUUUAUUCUGAGAUUAGAGACGUAAUUCUGAGACUAUAGUCAUAAUUCUGAUAUAAGUGUCACAAAUUUAAGAUUAAAGUCAGAGUUCUGAAAUUAGAGAUGGAAUUCUGAGAUUAAACUCAUAAUUCUCGGAUUAGAGUCAUAAUUCUAAGAUCAAAGUCAUAAUUCUGAUUUAAAUGUCAGAUUGGAAAAAUCAUGUUGGCCCUAAUUCUCUUCUGUAAUUUAAGUCUAUUUUUCCAGUGUUUUCUCCCCUGGUUCGUCCUCUCAGCAGAUGUUGGUUUCAGCUAACUUUAAUCUCAUUGGAUAAUCAUUCUCUAUUGUUGUUCAUUACUCAGAUUUAUCUCAUCAUUCAGUUUUAUUUUCAGGCUUUUAUUUAAGUUUAUCUAAACCUAGGACUCCUUCUUUGAGGGUGACAGCAUUCAUACAUGGGCAUUACCACACAGAGAUGACCACUUGGCAUCCCAGAUUAUGUCAUUCAUUUAGUUCACUGGUUUUUUUUUCCACUGGUCCGUCAUUUCACUGGUUAGUCAUCUCACUGGUCCAUCACUCCUCAUUUUACUGGAUUAUCCUUCCAUAUUUGAAUAGUUUGACUGAGUUCACUGGAUUAUUAUUAUUUUUUAUUUUAUUUUAUUGGUUUCUAUUUUAUUGGAGUGUUAACUCCCUGAAUAAUAAUUUCAUUGGUUUCUUUUCUUAAUGUCAAUAGUUUUGUAUUUUACUGGAUUAUUAAUGCCCUGGAUUAUCAUUUCAUGGAUUUGCACUUUAACGAGACAAUCAUUCCAUUGAUAUCAUUCCAGUCAAAUUUGUAUUUCCUUCCAUUAUCAUUCAAGUGGAUUUGAUAACUGAGCCAUUUAUUUGUGGUUUUCAAUUUUCUAUUAGAUUUAUUGCAUUUUGUUGAAGUGCUUUAUUUAAAGGAUUGUUUUCUCGGCUGUCUUAUUUUGUUCAUAUUUAUAGUUUUAGGAGCUUUUAAAGACUUUUGGAGAGUUUUGUUGCUUUUUGUUUUAUUUUUGGAAGCUAUAUUGGUGGGUUAAAUAGGAAACUCCAGAGAAAUCUGACAAUUCAUCUAACCUACUGAAUAAUUUAGCAUAAGUUGUGUUUUAAUAGAGAAAAGAAAUAUGAGCCAGGCUUCAGGUUUUCUUCUUGGCCUUCAACAAACAUGGCCUAGGUGAUAUCUGUACUUGAAGAUUUACUAUUUUUAUGAUUUUUAAGCUAUCUUGGGUUUACACUGGAUUAAAGCUUAAUUUUUAUUACUGCUUUUUCUGGACAGGAAGUGUUUUACGCUCUUAACUUAGACUGGAUUUUUUGUUGUUGUUGUUGUUGUUGUUAAAUAAUGCUGAUUUAUUUAAACCUGACUUUCUGCUCUUUAAAUGCUUAUUAUUCGUAUUUGUUUCACUGUUGGGUUACCUGUUGGAUAUUUUUAAAACAUUCCAAAUUUUUACAGUGAAGCAGCAUUCAAUUUUUACAGUGUAACUCUUGUUUUAAAUCCAGAGAUGUUUACACCAGUCUAAAGCUAAAAAGGCCUCAGUAUGGUGCUCUUCGUCUGUCUGCAGACUGCAAGAGGUUUUAUUUUGAUUAAUGCUUAUUUUACUGAUAUCGUCUUUGUCAUGUCUUAAAUCGAGUUUUUCACACCAGAGUCACUCCAGUUUUCCUCCUAAAACUCCAGAUAAGCAUUCCUAAAUUAUUUGGUAUUUUUAGUUAAUACUGAUCAGGUGUUUUCGUUAGUGUUUGUGUUAUAUCCAAGUAUUGGGAAAAAAUGAUUGAUAGUAUUAAAAUAAGAUUUUAAAAAUAAAGUCAAAAUUUUGUGGAAAAAGUUGAAUCUAUAAUAAACUUAAAAUGAAACGUAGUUAGUUUCAUUAAAUGCUUGGAAAAAAAUUAAGAAUCAGUCUUUGGUAAAAUUCUGUAAGUUAAGUGAAAAUGCUAAAAUAAGUUGAAAUUUCAUUUACAAAGUUCAAAUAAAUGUUUCAGAUUUCCCUAAAAAACUAAAAUACAAUUUUGUAAAUAAAUCUGAAAUUUUAAUUUUAAGAAAAAAAUUUUGAACAAAGUUUUAGAAAUUG